ACACUGUCUAUUGCUCCACUAUAAUUAUGAGACAGUAUGAGAGGGUUUACUCACACGGAGCGACUUUUGCUGACAUUGUUCUGGAAGAUGACAUCACUCUUACUGAUAUUUACGUUCACAGCUUCACUCUCUAUUACAUAUUUCCAGAUGAUGUCAUCCCAAACCAGACUGUAGCAAUCUUUACUUUCGAUAAGGGUGUCUUUCAGAUUCAGUUUGGGCCAUUUUACUACUGCCUCGACUCAGUAUUCAAGAAGAUUGCUCGUGCCAUUGAAGAACAGCUACAGUUGUACUUGAUUGUCAUCAUACGUAAAAGCUGCCCCGAGUGUUACAGUUUAACACGUACAUUUCUGAGGCCAGGAUUGUUCUUUGCCAUGGCAACCCCACCAAGACCACCUACCGCACCACUCUAGUUAACCCUUUCCCCACCACAAACUCCACCCACAUGGUGGGCAUUAUUCAGAGUUGGGUGUCCACGGGUCCCUCUCUCGUCCUCGACGGUCUGCUGGUGAGGGUGAGUCCCUCCUGCCCCACCUCUAUCUCCAGUCUCGAUGAAGAAGAGUGUGAGACUGGAACCAGGUAUGAUCCGGGACUGGGGGACAGGAUCACUCAGACACUCAAUGUCUGUGCUCUGAGGAACCUCGGAGAGGAUGUCUGUCGUCUUGGUGGCUGCUGAAACUAUACUCUUAGAGUGUGUCGUGUAUAUUCUGCGAACUUCUAGAUGUAGUUCGGUUCAUAACUGUAGUGAAAGUACUAGCUAUAUAAUAUACUAGUGUUUUGUUGUAUAGUUACUCCAUUUUCUUAUGCUGCUGUAGUGUUAAUAGUAGGCAAACAGUCUGUACUGUAGUAUGAUGUGUGAAAUUGGAACUG